ACGUUUCCUCAAGGCUUGCUAACUCUUGGCCAACUUAUCUGCUCCAUUCUCUCUAAAAUAGAUCAACUUCAACAUAACUGCUUCUCCCAGGAAACCAACUCUCCACGUGGGCGUUUUCUCAGUUGGCUCGAUGGUAUCGGAUAAUCUUUAACCUUGAUUGCCUUCUAAUUACAUUGUGUACCUUUUUUUUUUUAUCCUUGAUCUGCAAAAGGGGGAUUUUUUAGUCUCUAUAAUAGCCCUUUUGAUCUCGUCUGUGCGGUCUUUAUUAUUUCGCUCAAUGGGACACUAUAUUAAAUAAAAUCCGUUACUGUGACUUAUUAUUUCUACGCUUUUCUUCCCUCUGUCUCUCUCUUUCAUCCCUUGUUCUGGUUUUAUUAUUCGACACUAUGCACACUUUUCCCUAUAGUAUAAGAGCUCGUAUUCCAAGAUCAAACAUACGAUAUACAUUGUCUCGUAUGAUUUCAACAUCAUUAACCAUUCCUCAAGCUAAUUCAGAGACUCUACAAGUCUCUUCAACAAAAGAUACUGAAAAGGAAGUUUCCGAAAAGGAGGCAAAGCAGCUGGAAAAACAAAGAGAGAUAUCAUUAAAACGACAACUUAAAGCUGAAUUCAGUGUCCUUCUCCAGGAUCUACCACAGCUAACCUAUCCAAAACAUUAUAAAGUAGAAUGCAUUAAUACCGAAGACAAGGCCAAUACCACUUUACGAGAGUUUCUAAAGAGUCAGCAAGGGGAUGUGUUUGGAGUUGAUUUCGAAUGGCCACCUACGUUUAUAAAAGGUCAACCAGAGAAAAAGAUAUCCCUUGUUCAGAUAUGUUCUUCCAAUGCAAUUUUACUAGUUCAAACAACAAGAAUGAAAUCAUUUCCUAAAGAACUACAGAGAUUUUUUGAAGAUAGAGAUUUACUUAAAACAGGUGUAAAUAUUAGAAUGGACGGAUUGAAGCUACAUCGUGAUUUUGGAAUCAAGACAAAUGGAUUAGUAGAACUCAUGUCAUUUGCCAAUGCAUCCAAAUUACCUGAAGUGAAAAAAUACCACAUGAGGUCAUUAAGAGCAUUGACUGCCUUUUUUGUAAGCUACUUUGGAAGCAGAUCAGUUCCCAUAGCUAAUAUUUAUUUAGCUAAAACGACGCAUGGCAAAGGGAGAUGUCAGAAUAAGUAAUUGGGCAGUACGAAGUUUGACACCUAAACAGAUUUCAUAUGCUGCCCUUGAUGCAUAUGUAAGCUCAAUCUUGUGUGAAAUAUAUACCCUUAACCAUCAUCCUAUUAUACACCUGGAGGAUGC